AUGACGACGACGACGGGCGCGGACGCGGGGUCGAUCGCGGCGCUCACGACGAGAGAUGUGGUGUACGAGACGGUGAAAAUUGAUGGCGAUCCGAAUGAGGUCGGACACGUCGUGCACACGGGCGCGCCGGGGGCGAGCGGGGAGAUCAGCUACGAGACGGUGCGCGUGGUGGGACACGGGUCGUUCGGCGUGGUGUAUCAGGCUCGGUGCAGGGAGAACGGCCAGGAGGUGGCGAUUAAAAAGGUGCUUCAGGAUAAGAGGUUUAAGAAUCGUGAGCUGCAGAUCAUGAAGGCGGUGGAGCAUCCGAACGUGGUGAAGCUGAUACACAGUUACUAUCACACGACUGCGGAGGAAGAGGUGUACCUGAACUUGGUUUUAGAGUUUGUCCCGGACACGGUGUACAGGAUCGGUAAGCACUACUCCAAGAACAACCAGCGAGUGCCGGGGUUACUGGUGAAGUUGUACACCUAUCAGAUGGCGCGAGCGCUAGCGAGCGUGCACAAGUUGGGAAUUUGUCACCGGGACAUCAAACCGCAAAACUUGCUCGUCGACAGCAAGACUCACGUUUUGAAAAUCUGCGAUUUCGGUAGCGCGAAGAUCCUCGCACCGACAGAACCAAACAUUUCGUACAUCUGCUCGAGGUACUACAGAGCGCCCGAGUUGAUUUUCGGCGCUGUGCACUACACGACGGCGAUCGACAUCUGGAGCAUCGGAUGCGUCACGGCGGAGCUGCUUCUCGGCUCACCGUUGUUCCCGGGAGAUAGUGGAGUCGAUCAGCUCGUGGAGAUCAUCAAAAUUUUAGGCACACCGACCAAGGAACAGAUAUUGCACAUGAAUCCGGGCUACACUGACUUCACGUUCCCACAGCUCAAACCGCACGCGUGGUCAAAGGUAUUCUCGAAGAAUGCCGAUCCGCUGGCGAUAGACUUGAUCUCAAAAAUCCUAGUUUACGUCCCACAGGAGCGCUUCAACUGCAUGGAGCUCUGCGCACACGAGUAUUUCGAUGAGUUACGCGAUGAAUCGACGAGGUUACCCGACGGCAGCGCGCUGCCGCCACUGUUCAACUUUUCAGACGACGAGUUGAGUUCGCUCGACGAUAAUCUCAAGGCAAAGCUCAUCCCAGCGCACGCUAGAUGA